AUACAUCAUAUCAUAAUAAUAAUAAUAUAUAUAUAUGUAAAAAAAUAAAAUAAAAUUAGGGUUUAUAAUUUCAAUCAAUUGAAAUCCCUCAAAAGACAUCUGUGUGCGUGAGUGAGUGAGUGAGAUUUUGAGAAUAAAAAUCGGGAAAGAUGAGGAUAAUGAUAAAGGGAGGCGUGUGGAAGAACACGGAAGAUGAGAUAUUAAAAGCGGCGGUUAUGAAAUAUGGCAAAAAUCAGUGGGCCCGUAUCUCUUCUUUACUUGUUCGUAAAUCUGCUAAACAAUGUAAAGCUCGUUGGUAUGAAUGGCUUGAUCCUUCCAUUAAAAAGACUGAGUGGACAAGAGAAGAGGAUGAGAAGCUGCUUCAUCUUGCUAAGCUCAUGCCCACUCAGUGGAGAACAAUUGCUCCUAUUGUUGGUCGAACACCAUCUCAGUGCCUUGAGCGUUACGAAAAACUCCUCGAUGCAGCAUGCGCAAAGGAUGAAAAUUAUGAACCUGGGGAUGAUCCUAGAAAAUUGCGACCCGGAGAAAUUGAUCCAAACCCAGAAUCAAAACCUGCUCGGCCGGACCCUGUUGAUAUGGAUGAAGAUGAAAAAGAAAUGCUUUCAGAAGCCCGGGCCCGUUUGGCCAAUACUCGGGGAAAAAAGGCGAAAAGGAAGGCCCGAGAGAAGCAACUUGAAGAGGCUAGAAGACUUGCUUCUUUACAGAAGAGGAGAGAGUUGAAGGCGGCUGGAAUUGAUAAUAGGCACAGGAAGAGGAAGCGAAAGGGUAUCGAUUACAAUGCUGAAAUCCCAUUUGAAAAAAGGCCCCCUCCAGGUUUUUAUGAUGUGACUGAUGAAAGUUCGGUAGUUGAACAACCAAAAUUCCCUACCACCAUUGAAGAACUAGAGGGUGAGAGACGGGCUGAUAAGGAGGCCCGUUUGAGAAAACAGGAUGUUGCAAGGAACAAAAUCGCACAGAGACAGGAUGCUCCGUCAGCUAUACUUCAAGCUAACAAGAUGAAUGAUCCAGAAACUGUUAGAAAAAGGCCAAAAAUGAAUCUCCCGACACCACAAAUUCCUGAUUAUGAAUUAGAACUAAUUGCAAAGUCUGGUCUCCCGGCCUUAAGUGAAGAUUUGUCAGAAGGAAGUGGCGCAACACGUGCACUUUUAGCUGAUUACACUCAAACCCCACGUCAAGGAAUGACCCCACUUAGGACCCCACAAAGAACACCAGCCGGAAAACAAGAUGCUAUCAUGAUGGAGGCUGAGAAUCAGGCCCGUUUAAGACUAUCUCAAACACCGUUACUUGGCGGUGAAAAUCCUGAUUUGCACCCUUCUGAUUUUUCCGGUGUCACCCCAAAGAGAAAAGAAAUUCAAACACCAAACCCAAUUUUAACACCAAUGUUGACUCCAGGACCCACUGGCCUGACACCUAGGAUUGGAAUGACACCAAGAGAUGGUCAUUCUUUUAGUGUCACCCCUAAAGGAACACCCAUAAGAGAUGAGCUUCAUAUCAAUGAAGAAAUGGAAAUGCAUGAUAGUGCUAAACUUGAGCUCAGAAGGCAAGCAGAUAUGAGACGGAAUAUACGAUCAGGUUUGACUGGUCUUCCACAGCCCAAAAACGAGUAUCAGAUUGUGGUCCAACCUGUUCCUGAAGAUAUUGAGGAACCUGAGGAAAAAAUGGAAGAAGAUAUGUCUGACAGGAUAGCCCGGGAGAAGGCCGAGGAGGAAGCAAGACAGGUGGCCUUACUUAAAAAAAGGUCCAAAGUGUUGCAACGGGAGCUCCCUAGACCGCCAGCUGGCUCAUUGGAUUUGAUAAGGAAAUCUUUGAUGAGAGGCGAUGAAGAUAAGAGCUCAUUUGUUCCACCUACUCCGAUCGAACAGGCUGAUGAGAUGAUCAGGAAGGAGCUUUUGUUGCUUCUGGAACAUGAUAAUGCAAAAUAUCCUCUUGACGAGAAGAUGGAGAAGGAGAAAAAGAAAGGAAAAAAAGGGGCUGGCGGGAAAUCAGUUUCUGUUCCUGUAAUAGAAGAAUUUGAUCAGGAUGAACUGAAUGAGGCUGAUCAAAUGAUUAAAGAAGAGGCAAAAUUCCUACGUGUUGCAAUGGGCCAUGAGGAGGAUGGUACUGAUGAAUUUGUUGAAGCACAUCGCACCUGCUUGAAUGACAUCAUAUACUUCCCUUCCCGCGAUGCUUAUGGUCUCUCUAGUGUUGCUGGAAACAUGGAGAAGCUUUCAGCGUUUCAAGAUGAGUUUGAGAAUGUGAAAAAGAAAAUGGAAGAUGAUACAAGGAAGGCGCAACGCCUUGAGCAAAAGAUAAAGCUUCUUACCAAUGGAUACCAGAUGCGAUCUGCAAAAAUCUGGUCGCAAGUGGAGGCAACAUUCAAGCAGAUGGACACAGCUGGGACGGAAUAUGAGUGCUUCCAAGCAUUACAAAGACAAGAGAAGUUAGCUGCAUCAAAUCGUAUUAAUAGCAUCUGGGAAGAUGUACAAAAGCAAAAAGAAUUAGAGAAAACUUUACAGAGUCGCUACGGUGAUCUGCUUGCAGAGCAAGAAAGGAUCUACAAUUUGAUUGGAAAGUACAGACAAGAAGCAAAAAGACAAGAAGAAAUCACAGCAGCUGCAGCAAACAUAGAAGCUGCAGAAGUCGUAGAAACUGAGUCCGGGUCUAAGAUUCCUGUGCAGGUUGAGGAAGCAAAUUUGACAGUUGAUUCCAAUUUGCUUAAUGCAUGUUCCAAUGAAGAGACGGAUGGUCCUUCUGAAACACCACACUAUACAAACGAUCAACAUACCUCUGAUGAUGGUGGAGAUUCAAGCCAACAAAUCAAUGUUUCUGAUGGUUUACAAGUUCCCAUUGUCGUUUCUGAAAACGGUGAGGAUGAUGCCAAUCAAACAGUUGUAGCUGAAAUCCCUAAAGUAGAUGUAAGCUUACAAGGUCCGGUUGAUUUGCCUGGAAGCAAUUGUGUGGGUGAUGCAGAUCAAACAGUUGUAGCUGAAAUCUCAGCGGAAGAUGAGAACUAAGAUAUCCCCUUAAGCUAAUUGGGUAUCUGAUCUUGCAUUUCACGUGUUGGGAAAAAAGGGGAAGAUGACAAUGAAUAUGGAAUCUGUAUCUCUUUGUCUCGUUCACUGAAUUCAGAAACACUCCCUUUUCUCGUUGUGCCUAAAAAGAUUUUGGUUAUAUGCCUGUGAUUUUUUAUUCUAUGAGGCAGUGACUGUUGAGAGGAUGUAUUAAAUGUUUUCAUACUUUGUAUUCUGUGACAUAAUAUGUUAUGUGACGAACUUACAAUGAACUGCUUCACUUUAAAGACUUUGACAUUCA